AAAAUGUUUACAGAGAAUCGUUAAUCCCAUAAACCCUAAAACCCCAAUUCUUCCGCACACUCUAAUUUGUCUACUCUGCAAAAAGAAGAGAUCAGAGAAGCAGUCUCCGUUGUCAUCCUUUGUUUCUCUUUCAAUCUGCACCAAUGGAACCCAAAAAAGCUAAGAAGAGACAAGCUACAUCUGAUCCUCAUCUGCAAACCACAACAAACAAGCUGGAUUUUGCUGUAGACCAAGGCGAGUUUGCAGAUGGAACACUUCUCCAUGAUGAUUUGAGUGAGCCAACAAUGGGAGAGAAACUUGCUGGUCUCAGUUUGCUGGAUGAGAAAAAAUUCGGGAGUCAUAAAGCGCAAGAUUCUUCAGCUAAGCCUCCAAGUGCAGACUCAGUACAUGUUUUGCUUGCGCAAGCAUUACACGCUGAUGAUCGCGCCCUUCUACUAGAUUGCUUGUAUACGCAAGAUGAGAUGGUUAUUUCAAAGUCUAUUGCACAGUUGAACCCAUCAAACGUCCUCAAACUCCUACAAUCUCUCAUAUACAUUAUUGAGUCUAGGGGUGCAAUUUUGACAUGUGCUCUUCCAUGGCUCAAGUGUCUACUUCUACAGCAUGCAAGUGGGAUAAUGUCCCAGGAAUCUUCAUUACACGCUUUGAACUCUUUAUACCAGCUCAUUGAAUCUAGAGUCUCCACUUUUAAAUCUGCCGUUGUUCUGUCAAGCUGCUUAGACAUUCUUUACACAAGGGUUGUUGAUGAAGAGGGAGACGAAAGUGAAACAUUACCAGUUUCUUUUGAAAUCUAUGAGGAUAAGGAUGACAGUGGAGAAGAAUCCGAGGCUUUGGAAACCGACCAAGAUGGCACAUAUGAAGAACAAUCUGAUGAAGCAUUUAAUGGUGUUAGUGAUAUUGAAGAAAUAGAUGAUAUGAUGAGCGAUUGAUCAUGUGCACAUGUUUUUUGUUCCUUCCAUUACUGCCAUAACAAGAAACCCCAGCUGGUUGGUUUAGCAGAGAAUGGUGUCUGAUGAAACCCAAAGUAUCUUGAAGCACGAAUGAAGAGGGCUGAGGAUGCCAUGGUAGUGAGGCUUUGAAAAAGUUUACACACAAACCAUUACAAUUUUGAGCAAGUUCAAGACCAGUGUAUUGCACAGACUGCAUAGUCAUUCAGUUUUUGGAAAUUUUAAUCCUUUAACUACUGAAAUGUAUUAAU